UCCUUAUGACCUCAUGUUUAUAUAAAACGCAGACAUCUCUGAAACAUGAGAAUUUGAAGAAGAAGCUUGGAUUGGUGGAUAUGGCAGAGCUUGAGAACCCAAAUGUGAUGACGAAUCUCAUCACUUUCCUUUCUUCUCUGCUCAAAAGGGUGGCUGAGUCAAACGACGCUAACCAGAAUCACCAACCUCUGAGAAUCUCUGUCUUCCAUGGCUUAUCCAGACCCACGAUCUCCAUUCAUAGCUACCUCGAAAGAAUCUUCAAGUACGCUAAUUGUAGUCCCUCUUGCUUCGUUGUUGCUUACGUCUAUCUGGAUCGUUUCACUCAGAGACAACCUUCUUUGCCUAUCAAUUCCUUCAAUGUUCAUCGCCUCCUCAUCACCAGCGUCAUGGUUGCUGCUAAAUUCAUGGACGACAUGUACUAUAACAAUGCAUACUAUGCAAAAGUUGGAGGAAUAAGCACAAUAGAGAUGAAUUUUCUGGAGUUGGAUUUCCUAUUCGGGAUGAGUUUUCACUUAAACGUGACACCAAACACCUUCCAAGCUUACAGUGCACAUCUCCACAGAGAAAUGCUGCUGAUGCAACCUCCUUUGGACUUUCCAAAUUCUUCAUUGAGCUUAGCAAAAUCAUUUUCAUCUUCAUCAUCAUCAUCACUAAAGGCUCAUUUAUUAUGCUCCAAUGAUGAAGAAUCUAAUAAUUCUCAUCACCAAAAGCCGCAACAGCAACAAGAAUUGGCUGUUUGAUUUGUUUGUUUAAUGCAUUUCCUCAAUGCAUUUAUGUAUGCCUUGUAGUAUAGCUUGUAGAUUGGGCUGAACUUCUUCUAAUUAUUAAUGUUAUAUUACAUAUUGGCAAAACUUGUUUGAUGUACAUUACCUGUGGAUCUACCUCUUUUUGUCAAA